AUGGACCUUUCUGUGUUACCACCAAAAAAGACCAAAUUAGCCCAAGCAUUCGCCACCGCGUUACGCGCACGGGCCCGAAAGACGAGAAAACACAACGAAAGCCCGAAAACAGGCCCAAUCGAACCUCCCAAGGCUACCUCUCACGCGCUUGAUAACAAAUUACUAGAAGAAGCUUUCCUCGCGAAGGUUUUCGCGAACAUAUCAGCCGUAAAAGCUGCGUACGCUCAACUACAGUCCGCACAAUUCCCUUACGACCCAGACGAAAUCCAGUUCGCCGACGGUAUCAUAACUUCCGAGUUGAAUAAACUCUCCGAGUUAAAGCAGCAUUACGCGAACAACGUGCUCGACGAAUUGACUCCGGAGAAAACUCUGCUCCUAUGCGAAAUCCGGGAGCUCGACAGCCUUCUCGUGACUUAUCGCGUCACGUGCGAGAAAUUGGGCUCCCAGCUCAGGCUCAAGGACUCGGAGAUUAUUUUUCUCAGGGAGAAAUUAGCAGAGGCCAAAGGCCACAACGACUUGCUCCAGAGUAGAUUCUUAAGCUUGGGUGGAGAUAAUAAUGCUGAGCUGUCGGGUUUAUUGCCGAGCCAUUUUAUCGGGUGUCUACAAGAGGCCGUGAAUUCGGUCCGGGGCUUUACACGUUUGCUUGUUGACAAAAUGGGUUUCGCGGGCUGGGAUUUGGAGCUGGCGGCCCGUUCAAUUCAGCCCGGAAUCAAACCGGGUCAUUUAUGUUACGCGUUCGAGUCGUUUGUCUGUAGAGAAAUGUUCGACGGUUUUAAUGGUCGAGAUUUUUCCUUAUUCGGGAAGGAGAAAAGGAGUCGUUGCACGUUUUUCGAGAGAUUCUUGGAGGUGAAAAAGUCAAUUGGGCCGGUGGAUUACGAGGCGCGGAGGCCCGAUUCGGAGUUUGCAGCUUUUUGCCGAGGAAAGUAUUUGAGGCUGAUGCGUCCGAAGCUGGAGAGGUCCAUUUUCGGGAGCUUGGAGCUGAGGGAGUCUGUGGAUUCGGGUGAAUUUCCGGAUUCGCCCUUUUGGGGGGCAUUCUGUGAGAUGGCCAAAGGCAUCUGGCUGCUGCAUUGCUUGGCUAUGUCGUACAGUCCGGAAGUUUCCGUAUUUCGAGUUAAGGAGAGGAGCCGAUUUUCAGAAGUUUACAUGGAGAGCGUGAACGAUGACGAGGCUUUUCCGGUUGUUAAUGUGGGUUUUACGGUUUUACCGGGGUUUAUGGUUGAUCGGACAGUCGUUCAGUGUCAGGUGUAUUUGUGCUGA